AUGGACAACUAUAGCUGGAAAAAAUACGAAGGCAUCAUAAAUCAAUUUAAGCAAUUCAAAACGGAGAUAGAAGGACUGAAAGUUCAUUUCAUUCGAGAGCCAGCUGCUUCUGGUUAUAAGAAGGUGGUCCCACUCCUGAUAGUUCACGGCUGGCCUGGCAACGUCUUUGAGUUUUAUAAAAUUAUUCCAAUACUUACUGAUCCUAAGAAGCAUGGAAUCGAGUCCGAGGUUGCCUUUGAAGUCAUUGCACCGUCGAUACCGGGGUAUGGAUGGUCUGACCAACCGAAGAAAACUGGAUUCAGCCAAGUAGCAUGCGCACGAGUAUUCCGCAAGCUAAUGGAGAGACUUGGGUUUAAGAAGUACUACCUUCAAGGAGGUGAUUGGGGAUCAAUGGUUACCAUCAACAUGGCCAAACUUUACCCAGAAAAGGUUCUGGGAAUUCAUCUGAAUAUGAUGCCACUUUUACCAGGUGCCUCCAUCAAGGGUACCAUUUUUGAUAUU